UACAUCAAAUCCAAAGACUGCCAUGAAGAAACAAUCCGUCUCGAAAGCAAGCUGCACUAUUACAAGUCCACCUGUAGACCAGAAAGGCAAUACAUCAAAUUCAAAGACUGCCAUGAAGAAACAAUCCGUCUCGAAAGCAAGCUGCACUAUUACAAGUCCACCUGUAGACCAGAAAGGUGAUUUUUCACAACCUGAUGGAAAUAUGGCUAAAUCGUUGAAGACUGAAUCCAGAAAACUGGAAUCAGGAGUGGCCAAAAAAAAGGAUAAUUCAGGUCUUGCUGAAAAGAAAAGAAAAUUACGAAGCUGUUCAACUUCUAGAGGAAAUAAAAAGCAUGGUGAAAAAUUGCGAAAGACAGAUGACAACUGUGUCUCAUACAUUGAUAGUGAAAUUUUUCACAAAAUGCAAGUGGGCAAACAGAUAGGCUGCAUACAGUUCACAAGGAAUAAUAGUUGCGGAACAGGAUUCAGAGUUGGCAGCAAAUAUGUCAUAACAGCAUAUCAUGUCUUGGAAGAUAUUUUCAGACCAUUUUGGAAGCAUGUCCACAAUGUCCUGUCAGUGAAAGAACGAAAAGAAAUCAAGUGGACAAAAGACAUCUUGCCAGUGGCUGGCAGUUGGAAUCUUUCCAAAUUCUUUUCAUCAUUAGACCCUAGCAAACGAGAGCUUCUUCUACAAGCAGCAAAAGAAAUGAUAACGGACUCCUGUCAUAUAAAAAUGGAAUUUACAAAAAUUACAGGAGGAACUUUUUUCAAAUUUUCACAUGACCCUGUGGCAUUUGCAUCUAAGAAAGACGAUGUUCUGAUCCUAGAACUUGAUGACAAUCAGACUUUGUCUGCACCCCUUCGUUUGACGGAAUACUGCAUACCUGAAGCAAAGCUUCAUGUGUUUGGUCAUCCAGAUAACAAGAUACUGCAACAUGACCGUGAUUGUAGAAUUAUUGAAGACAGAGCAGAAUUAGCAGAGGUAGUGAAAGAAGGGAUAAGUUUUUUCACAGAAAAAGGGUUUGAUAGUGAAGUAGUCAAGGAAGACUAUUCCCCAUGUAAGCUAUCCCGUAAUCACAUUUUGUUUCACUGCUCUGAAAGUAUUGCUCAUGGUGCUUCAGGUGCCCCACUUGUGGUUGUUACAGAUAUUGCCCGCGUCUUUGGAAUGCUCCAAACUGGUCAUCCCAAAUUAUAUUAUAAUAAUCAUUGUAAAGCUAAGCCCUUGGAUGGUCGUCCAGAGCUGCUGCUGGAAUACGGGAUCUCGAUGAAAAAAGUUAAAACUCUUCUUGAAAGUAAUUCAUUAUUUCAGCUGUCAAAUGACCUAUUCUCUGAUGAGUCGUCUUCACAAAUGACACAGGAUGUAGAAACACUAACACUUUAUUGAACUUAUCUUCAGCUGUGGGGAAACAUCCAAGAACAGCUCUAUAGCUAGUUAUUCCGAAUUGUUGUUUAUCAAAUAUUGUUACUCUUAAAGUAUUUAAUUACACAGGGUCAUAAUUCCUUGGAAACAAAAUAUCUAUUCAAUCUUUGAGUAUGAAAUUAUGCGGAUACAUGUGUCUUUGAUUGUUUUAAUUUGUCCUUAAUGAAUCUUAUGUUCACUGUGACAAAAUUUUUCAGAUAAAUUGUGUUUGUGUACAUAGCAGAAAUUAAUCCCAUGCGGAAAAAAAAGUUCAUCCACAGUAUAUGAUCGCUAAAUUAAAAAAAUGCCUACGGUACAACUAUUUAUAAGUAUGAAAAUGGAUAUAUAAUUUUAUCAAAUCUUUGUAAAAUUUUACAGUUAUAACGAACUACAUGUAGGAUAUAACGAAUUGACGGAUAUAGCGAACUAAAUUUAAGUCCCUUUGAGGUUAUAUACAUGUCUAUAAUGAAAUUAACAUCUUUUAUAAUAAACUUUCAAAGAUAUCAACAUUUGGUAUAUUGAACUGACUCUAUUUUCUUUAGGCAUCUGUUUAUAAAAUUCAUUUCAUACUUAAACCUUAGAUAUCGAAGAUGCAUUUUAUGAUAUUUGCUUCCAUUAAAUAUUUGGUAGCAAUACUUGAAAAAAAAACAUGCAUAUUGCGAAUUCGCUAUAUAUUUUUUUAGGAUACAAAUUUGUUUUACAAACUAUGGAUAAAGUGAAUUAAGUUCACAGGUCCCCAGAACUUUGCUUUAACCGUGUUUUACUGUAACACCUAUCCAUAACUAGAAAGUGCAUCAAAAAUUAUAUUUUUAGUUAUUUUUCUGUUUAAGAUUAAGGUGAGUAAUCCAGAUUUUAAAAAGAGUAAAUUAGGUUCAGUUCAACCAAAUAAAAAUCAUGAGGUUUAAAUAAUUUUUGAAGUUGGCUGGUAUGACCAUUGUUUGAUUUCCUUAUCGUCCAAGUGUUUAAAUUUUCUUUACAAUUAUGUACAGAAAUCUUAACUUGGAUUUGAGUUGCAAUUGAAAAAUGAAUUCAAGCAAAGCAUUAUUUUGCAAAAUUUGUCCGUGAAUUUAUGGUUCUUGGAUUACAUGUUAUAAGGAAAACACCAAUUCAUGUACUUAUUCUGUAAGACAGUAGAGUAUAUCGAAUGUGUAGCAUUGUUAUGUGUUCAAGAUCAUCAUCAAAUAUUAAGUGAUGUUGCACAUAUUAAAACAACAUGAGGGGAUGUGGAAUGGUUUUAUGCAACUGAUGAGUGUGAAUGUUUAGGAUUUUAAAUCAUAAAUAAAAGAAAUAAAUAUAUUAAUUUAUUUGAGUGGCCAUGUAUUAUAAUACAUAAGUAGGCACAAUCCUUAAAUUGUACAGUGAGUGUACAUGUAUGAUAUGUUAUAAUUACAAAGUAUAAGUUGUGAGUGAAUUAGUUAUUUUUAUGUUUGAUUUUGAUUGAUUGUUAAGAAUAAUGAAUUUUUUAUACAAAUAUGAAUGUUGUUACUAAAGAUGUUACAUGUUUAUGGAUUUUUACAGUGAUUAUAUAAUACAAAUGAAUCAAUUUAUAGGAUGCAUUGUAAGAUGACAAUGCAUUAGCGUGACAAUGCUGCAUGAAAUGGGAAUGGAUAUGUGACACUCAUAUAGGGCAAUUACAUCAAAUGUAGGGAUUCAUUUAUAUUUAGUUUAUAUAAUGUAUAAUGUAGGGAUUUAAUUUAUAUUCAAAGAGGUGGCAAUUUUGAAUCGGCACUUUUACAGUGUAUAAAUGUAUGUAAAUAACAGUUUAUGGAUAUGUACAUGUUUCACUUCUUUUGUAAUAUGGUUCUGUGUGGUUGAGUAGGUACCUAUCGCUUCUAGUUAUUAAUUCAAUCUUUAAGAGACAAACAAACAAAAAAUAGAAAAACAAAUGUCAUAGCAAAUACUGAUUAAAAACCAAGGUUUGAGGUUUAAUUCUUGCAUCUGUGUAUUUAAAAAAAAUGUUUAUUAUAUGACGUAAUUAUAAUAGAAACAUGUUGAUAGAUAUCAUGAAAUAAGUUCUAUGUUCAUCACAGCUGGGGUUGUAGUUA